AUGAAGGUUUCUCGAAAACCUCUUUUGAGGAGCCAGGAGGAGCUCGACAAUGCCUCGGCUUCGUCUACGAGUUCGCUUGAGAAUUUCUCGGGGCUUUCUACGAGCUCGUUGAUAUCUACAUCUUCGGACCAAAGGCGCAAUAUUUUUAGCUCCAAAUCAGACAAUUCUGUUUCUGCUUCAAGCGCAGACCCUAACUCGGCGCCUUCAACAGCAGCUACAUCGUCGCAGCCAUAUGCCAAGAAGGGCUGGAGAAUCGGAAGAUACAAGACUGGAGAGGCCAAGGACAUGGGUAAUUUGCUUCAGCAGACUGCCCAGGCCAACAGUUUCCAGAUGCAAAAAAGAGGAGGAUUUUUGAGGAGAAGCACCCAGCACAAGAGGCCAAAGACCAAGAACGGCAUCCCUACGGAGUUCUUGUUCGUGGACAUGUGUCCUCCAAAAGAGGACUCUCAGGCAGUCCAACCUCCAGUUGCGAGUGUGGACAGUGCGGGUGCUAUAAUGACGACCUCGGUGCCGAUCGCAGAACUAGAGGAGAAGAAGCAGGGCCGAGUCUCGAGGUUGUUCAGGCACAGAAAGGGCAAGGACGAGCCAGAAGAGGAGAUUCAGGUGGAUCAGAUUGAAUCCUCUUCCUCCUCAAACUUGUUGAAAAUUUUUCACAAGCAGGAGCAAGCUCCUCUUCAGCAGUCUCCCCUGAUUCAAUCUGGUGGUCCUUCGGAAUUGCCUCAGAUGGCACCCCAGCUAACCGGUUCUGGUGCUGGAGCCAAGUCAAAGGGCUUGAAAAGAUUAUACACGAACUUCAAGGCCGAUCAGCAGUCUGCUACGCUGACUCCGAAGCAAAAUACUCAACUGGUGCAAUUGCAACCGCAGCCCCUCCCACAAACAUCACAGCAACUCAAAUCCAAAACGGCUACAGCGUCCUUGUCGCCUUUGCCUCUCCUCAAGCCUCAAAUAUCAGUCGUCACAGAUGAAAGUGGAAAGUCGCGGGUUAUGGUAAGACAGCAAAGUCCUUCACCAGAGAUGGCAGCAACGCCAGCCUACAGUCCCUAUCAUGUACACUCAUCUGAAGCUCAUGGAUUCACGCUUCCACUGGGAACGCCAUAUUCUAUAGCCACAAGUGAUAACGACGAGGCAGAAGAUUAUGACUACAACGAUCUGGACUCCUCGGAGAGAAUCAGUAUUUUCACCGCGAACGAUACGGACUCGGGCUACUUUCCGAACAACGGAUACCCAUUCUCUACAACUACAAGUGCGUCCAUUGCCUCGAAGAAAACCAAGACAAACCCAGCGAGAUUAAGAUCCGACUCAGUGGCCUCUGAGUUCGAAACCCAGGCCUUCCCCAGUUUGAUUGCUACCAGUUCAAGUGGAGCCGACUCGCCUGCUAGACGUAUAUCCAGAUACAAUGGCAGUGGCAGCACGCGCCAUCACAGAUCGUCUUCAUCAUUGGUACUUCCGCCUUCUCAGCAACCCACUCAGCAAUCCACUCAGCAAUCCAAAAAGGUGGGCUCCAAGAGGAACGGAAAAACGAGACAGCAUUCAAACAGUCUCGAGAACCAAUCCCUGGUCGGAUUGGGUGUGGUGGUGAACCAACAUAGCUCUGUUUCGCCUGAGCUGGAGAACUUUUUGAAGAAUGACUACGGAGCAGGUCCCACCACCAUCAACGCUCGCAGAACAAUCUCCAACCUGGACCAAUACUCGCUGGGCUCGAGUAUCCUGUUUGAUACCAACAACAGCCUCAACAACAACAGCACCGUUCUGAACACGCCUGUUUCGUCGUACCACAUACCUUCCGAUUCGCCGCAGUAUCGUGAGAGUGGUGAAUAUGUCCCAAUGGAACAUGCAAAGUCUAUGGAGUCAAACCACACCAUGACCAUGGCAAUAUCCGGAACUGAGGAAGAUACCACAUUUGUCAAUCCGAUUCCCGCAAUAAUGGGAGCCAUGAAUGGCCAAUUUGCAGGGCAAUCUCCUGCUGGUGGAGACGAUUACUUUGAUCUGAGCGCAUACAUCACCUACGAUGCAAACACAUCUGGCACCUACUGA